AUGGCUGUUGAGGCCUAUGCGUUGAAUAAAGGGGACUUCGACAUGCAGCGUCUGGAUUUCAUUUAUGACAGUGAACCUUUAGGGUUCGAAAAAGACCCAAAGGCACCAGAGAGAAUCCGACCAAAAGACCCCUUGGAAGAAGUCGACCUUGGAGAGAAUGGCGAGAAAAGGCCAACAUAUAUAAGCGCCAACAUCGACAACAAACUAAAGUCUGAGGUGAAUGUCCAAGUCGAAGCUGCUAAUAAGGUGAUCAUCAGCCUAAUAAAGAAACACAUAGGCAAGAAGACAAGGAAUUGGCACAAGACGUUAGACCAAGCCUUGUGGGCAUGUCGAACGUCACCGAAGGAAGCGACUGGAACAACCCCAUUUCGACUGACUUAUGGGCAUGACGCAGUACUGCCAGUAAAAAUUCAGGUCCAGGCGGUCAGGACCCAAAGGCAAUAUGAAAUACCUUCUGAAGAUUACUGGAGCAUGAUGACAGACGAAUUAGUCGACGUAGACGAAGAAAGAAUGCUAUCAUUAGACUCUCUACAAAGACAAAAAGAGAAAGUCUCCCGAGCCUACAACAAAAGGGUAAAAGGGAAAGUGUUUACUAUCGCCGAUUUGGUUUGGAGGGUGAUCUUGCCUAUGGACAGAAAUGAUAAAAUGUUGGGCAAGUGGUCCCCAAAUUGGGAAGGACCGUUUAAGGUUCUGCAGGUUUUUUCUAAUAAUGCCUACGAGGUCGAAGAGUUGGCACCAGACAGGCGAAUUUUAAGAGUAAAUGGAAAGUACUUGAAAAAAUAUAGGCCUCUCCUUCAAGAGGUCAAAAUUUUGGCAGACUAA